AUGGCGAAAGAGUCAGUGAAAAAGAAAUUGGCGAGGAAAUUUCACUACAACAGAAUUUUUCCGAUCACGAAAUGGUUGCUCGAUUACAAGUUUCCAGAGUUUUUUAUAAGAGAUGUUAUUGCGGGAUUUACGAUUGGGUUGAUGCUUAUUCCACAAGCUCUUGCGUAUUCUGAACUGGCUGGAUUGCCGGCUUACUUUGGUUUGUACUCUUCAUUCUUCGCCGUUUCUGUUUACACUUUGCUGGGAACUUCAUUCCACACUGCUAUCGGCCCCACUGCCAUUUCCGCUGCCCUAAUCGCCCAGUUUCUCAAACGACCCGAUGACUGGCCUGUUCCUGGACCAGACGCUACCGACGGUGUUCCAGAGCUUGCUCACGUGCUUGCCUUCAUGUCUGGCUCCAUUCUCUUCGUCGUUGGUCUUCUCGAUCUUGGCUCGAUCGUCAAUUUCAUCAGUGGUCCUGUCUUGGCCGGCUUCAUCAAUUCCGCCGCUUUUACGAUUCCCCUCAAUCAGCUGCCGAAGAUUUUCGGGGUAAAAGUCAAGGAAGACUUUUUCGUGAUGAAGAUUUACCGACUUUGCGAGCUGGUUUUUACCGGCCAUACAAAUUGGUACGACUUUGCGAUCGGCUCCUCUUCCAUCUUCGUUCUCGUUUUGUUGAAAGAACUCAAAGCAAGAUAUGGUGGGCAUCCGAAACUGAUGAGUAGCCUUUGUGGAAGAAUAACGGACAAGGUCUUGUGGUUCACAGCUACGGCAAAAGCUGCGAUUAUUACGAUUUUGAUGAUGGGGGUGACGGCGAUCUGGACGACGCCGGAAGAAGUGGAUAGAUUUUUGGAGAAAGAAUGCAUCCCUCAAUUCCCUAAAAAUCCGAACGACACUUGCACCAUGUUCACAAUGACGAUGAUCCAAGACGUUUCCCUCCCUUUCCCUGCGGUUCCCUCUUUCGGUGGCUUUUUCUAUAACUACACGGAAAUCAACGGAUCGACUUUCGAGUACGAAGUGACAACAUCGGCAAUUUUCUCCGCGAUCGGAACCGGUUUCAUAGUCGUCCCAAUCGUCAAUUAUCUAGAAGUGAUUUCACUCGGAAAAGCAUUUGCUAAGAAAGAAAAGUACACAAUCGACCCGACUCAAGAGUUCAUCGCCCUGGGAAUCAGCAACAUCGGCAAUUCAUUCUUCCAAUCAUUCCCCGUUUCUGCUGGAAUGUCUCGAUCUUCGGUCAAUUAUUCUGCAAACGUCGCUACUCAGAUUUCCGGCUGGUUCGCGGCGAUCAUUGUGGUCGUAGCAACUGCAUUUUUGUCCGACUUGUUUGUUUAUGUCCCUUCCGCGGCUUUAGGAGCUGUUAUCAUCGUUUCUGCAGCGAAUCUGUUCUCGUGGGCUGAUAUCAAGCAUUUGUGGGGAACAAAAAGGACGGACAUGGCUCCAUUCGUCGUCACUUUCAUCGUCUGCCUCCACUCAAGUUCUGUUGGAAUCAUUUUGGGAACGAUCGUUCAUCUUUGCAUGGUGCUCUCGGGGCACGUGACCCCCAUGCUCGGAGGAAAGGUUGAGAUUGAAGAGAGCGAUGAAGAAGAAAACGAAAACAUCAUCGAAUUCGAGGGAAAACUCCUUUUCCCAUCUUCCGACACUCUUUUCACGACAAUAAACGCCAUCGCCGCAAAAUUCUCGAAUGGAGAGAAAACUGUCAUCCUCGAUUUCGCGCGAGUUCCAGCAAUUGAUUCAACCGCUGCUGAGUCAAUUUGCGAGGCUCUAAGCUUUUCGAAAACGCUGCAUCCGGAUUUCAGAUUCGAGUUGGAGAAUAUCAAGGAGAAACAGCUCAAAAUGCUGGAGCACUGCGGACUUCCAUCAAAUGAAAACGAAAUGGUUAACAAAGCAUAUGAAGGUGAUGGUGAUGAUAGCUCCCUGAGCUCAAGUGGGUCAAUGAAGAAAGAUGAGUCCUUUGCAGAAUUCUAG